AGGUUUGUUAGUUAUGGCUGCUAGAAUUCAAGAUUUGUAGUCGUGGCAGGUACCCGGGGACGGAUGUUUUUAAGCCUGGGCCGCGGACGUUGAAAUCCCUUCGAGAUCAACAGUAUAACAUCUAUAAUUGCAGGUUACUCCAGGACCCAGGUGGCAGAGAUUCUUCAAUUACAUUAUACUAGCCAUCAACACUGCAGCCACAAUCUGUUACAGGCCAUGGCAUGCGCUUCAAUGACUAUUCCUUCCUCUCCGGCAACAACUAUGGGCGCCAAAGGUGUUUUCAUAGAACAUAAUGGUCUUCGUCGUUCAGACUCUAGUAAAGAUCUGCGCAACCAAGCCAUACUCCGAAGAUCGGUUUCGGAGAACCACCUUUGUCAUUCUGUCAGUCGUAUACAUGCUGCAUCAAUGCAGCCUAAGCUGAAGAGCAGCCGUUCAUUUGGUAUUUUUCCAUUCCAAAUUUCCGGCUCCCUAAUCCCAAAAUCACUUCGAUCAUUUCUAUUUGACCCAGAAACAAGCAAAGACAUGGACAUGAAUGUCACUACAGUUGAAAGUUCAGCGGAGAGCAGUGAAGAAGAUGAGGUCAAGAGAGCAAAUUGGGUGGAGACGUUACUGGAAAUUAGAAGUUAUUGGAAGAAUAGGCAGCAAAAAGGAGAUAUAGAUGGAGAUGAAAUUUGUGAUGCGGAAGAAAAUGGCGACUGCAACUUUGAUGGUGAUGAGGAUUUGUGCACGGUGGAUUAUGACUUAGAGGAAGGAGAAGAAGAAAUGAAAUAUAAUAGAGAAACGUUUUCGAGAUUUUUGGUUCAUGUACCAUGGUCUGAUACCAAGCUAUUCUCUAAGCUGGCUUUCUUGUGCAACAUGGCUUAUGUUAUACCUGAAAUCAAGGCCAAGGAUUUGAGAAGAUCUUACGGCCUAAGAUUUGUAACAUCCUCCUUAGAGAAGAAAGCAGAUGCAGCUGCAAUAAAAGCAAAACUUGAUCAGGACUCCACCCGUUUAACUGUUGAUUCCCUCGACAAAUCCAAAUUGGAUGAAACCAGUGACUCUGAGCAGAAGAAGCGUGCCCUCCGUACAUCUGUUUAUGAGAUUGCUGCCUCCGCAGCAUGCUAUGUCCAAUCACGCAGAAAAAACAAUUUAUCUUGUAGCCCUGAGAUACAGGAUAUGGGGGAAGGUACAGAAGAGGAGGAGGAAGAAACUUCAUCCCGAGUAUACAAAUCAGAGGUGGCUGCAGCCGUUGCAGCAUCAACAAUGACUGCAGUUGUUGCUGCAGGGGAGAAGGAAAAACAGAAGGCAGCAAAUGCCCUUCAGUCACUUCACUCAUCACCUUGUGAAUGGUUUGUUUGUGAUGACUUGAGCACAUAUACUCGAUGCUUUGUGAUUCAGGGAUCUGACUCCCUGGCAUCCUGGCAAGCGAAUCUCUUCUUUGAACCCUCCAAAUUUGAGGAGACAGAAGUGCUAGUUCACAGAGGAAUUUAUGAAGCAGCAAAAGGAAUAUAUGAGCAGUUCAUGCCAGAAAUAGUUGAGCAUUUGGCUACACAUGGAGAACGUGCCAAGUUUCAAUUUACCGGUCAUUCACUUGGGGGUAGUCUCUCUCUUUUAGUCAACUUGAUGCUACUUACCAGGAAGGUUGUCAAGCCCUCUGCUCUUCGACCAGUAGUCACUUUUGGCUCACCAUUUGUGUUCUGUGGAGGCCAAAAGAUAUUGAAUGAUUUGGGAUUGGAUGACAACCAUGUCCACAAUGUGAUGAUGCAUAGAGAUAUUGUUCCAAGAGCUUUCUCCUGCAACUACCCCAACCAUGUUGCUCAAAUCCUGAAGCGCUUAAAUGGCUCCUUCAGAUCACACCCCUGUCUGAUUAAAAAUAAACUGUUGUACUCCCCACUUGGUAAAUUAUUCAUUCUCCAACCUGAUGAGAAGUCAUCUCCUCCACACCCUUUCCUCCCUCCAGGAAGUGCUCUCUAUGCAUUAGACAAGACCCAAUAUGGGUACACCACUGCUGUUCUAAAGGCAUUCCUCAAUUGUCCCCACCCAUUGGAAACUCUAAGUGAUCCUACAGCCUAUGGUUCAGAAGGUACAAUCUUAAGAGACCACGACUCAAGCAACUAUCUGAAGGCUGUGAAUAGGGUUCUAAGGCAAAAUACACAAGUGGUUGCUCACAAAAUAAUAAAAGAGAGAAAUAUAUUGUGGCCACUGCUCACUUCACCAUCUCCACAUUCAUGGAACCAUGAAAAUAGUUUGGAGAGCAGCAUGCUAGCGAUCAAAGAGGUAAUCACAGUUUGAAGCAAUUUUGCAGGGGUUAUCCAACCAUCAUAAAAAAAAUUGUGUUCUUCCUUUUUUUUUUAUCUGUAUAUAUCUUACAAAUGUACAUUUGAUAAACGCUUUAACAAAUUUGUGCUGUCAUUCAGCACUGACUAACACCUUAAUAAAUCCCUAAUGUUUCUUCCUGCAAAGACAGCAUAAUAUUUGUAGAUAUAUAUAUAUGUUUUUCUUUUCAA